GUGUAUAUAUUGUUCGAACAAAGUCAUGUGAGUGCGAAAGUUCUACUUAAUUAGGAGAAAAUGACAACGGAUCAGCAAAGAUCAUUCGAUCGGAUCGUGUCGAUGCGUCACCUUUGGCCUGACGCGGAGGCGUAGCACAAGCGCAGAGCGCUGCAUCGAGCGGACAGCGCAGGCGGCGGAGCGCGAGGCAGAGCGCGGCAGUGCGCGGGAGACAGCACCGGCGGCAAGACGGACAGCGCGCGGCAGUCGGGGCCCGCGCCGCGCGCCUCGGGGCGGACGCCCGUCCCCCCGCCGAGGCGACGCUGGGUCCCGCCCUCCUCCCUGCGACACCACGAUGUGCCCGACGGAGAUGCCAAGCAUGACAUCAUAUUCCGUAAGGUCCGCGGUAUCCUUAACAAGCUAACGCCGGAGAAGUUCCAGAAGCUGAGCGAUGAUCUGCUCGGUUUGGAGCUCGACUCCGACAAAGUGCUUAAGGGAGUAAUUCUUCUCAUUUUCGAGAAGGCACUCGAUGAGCCCAAGUACUCGUCGAUGUAUGCACAGCUGUGCAAAAGGCUAAGCGAGGAGGCACCUAAUUUUGAGCCACCUGGUCAGCCAUGCACGUUCAAGCUGCUUCUCCUGAACAAAUGCCGCACAGAGUUCGAGAACCGUGCUCAGGCAUUCGCCGCAUUCGAGGACAAGGCUCUGUUACCCGAAGAAGAGGAAAAAAGACAUCUAGCGAAAUGCAAGAUGUUAGGCAACAUCAAGUUUAUCGGGGAGCUCGGCAAAUUAGAGAUCUUAGCAGAGUCCAUUCUGCACCGAUGCAUCCAAAACCUUUUGGCGCGGCGAGCGGCCGCAGAACAUCACGAGGACCUGGAGUGCCUCGCUCAGCUGGUGCGCACGUGUGGCCGAGUGCUCGACUCGGAACGCGGGCGCGGGCUCAUGGACCAGUACUUCGCUCGUAUCGAGACGCUGUCGACGUCGCGCGAGCUGGCGCCACGCAUCCGCUUCAUGCUGCGCGACACCGUGGAGCUGCGGCGCGGCGGCUGGGUCCCGCGCGCCGCCGUCACGGCCGAGGGGCCCGUGCCCAUCCACCAGCUGCGCGCGGACGACGAGCCGCUGGGCCGCCGCGAGCGCGAGCGGGAGCGCGACCGCGAGCGCGAGCGCGACUCGCUGUUCCGCGGCGGCCUGCGCUCGCGCCCGCUGGACGACGUGCUGGCCGGCCUCAGCCUGCAGCCCGCCGCCGCGCUCGUGCCGCCGCCCGACAAGCUCUUCGGCAACGGCUUCGGCGCGUCGCGGGACAACUACCGCCAGCGUUCGGCGCCCGGCUACUACCCGCGCCAGGGAAAUAAUAUGCACUACAACAAGCACUCGCAGACCAACCAGCAGGGCAACGGCUCUAAGGAUGGCUCAUCGCGCACGGCCAAGGCUCGCGUGUAUGCGGCAGGCGCGUUGCAGGACGUGCAGAUGCGGCCAGCUGCGAAUUCGCUUAUGUUCACGGCAAACAAAUUGUCCAAGCCUCAGCCGCAGCUACCGUUGGCACCCGUGCAGCAGAACGUGCUGACACCGGCGUUCGCUAGUGCGCCACCGCUGCUCAAGGAGCCCGCUAUUACCAUCAAGCCUGCUGCAGACAAAAAGGAUAAACCGAAAAAAGAUAAGGGACCCAACAAGGAGGAGGCGUGCCGCCUGGCCGUGGAGGCCGCGGAGGCGGCGGCCGAGGACGAGGCGGCCGGGCUGGCGGCCGACGCCGAGCCCGCCGCCGCCGCGCUGCGCCGCCUGCGCGAGCUGCAGCCGCCCGACAAGGUGCUGCGCCGCGCCAUCGCCGCCGUGCUGGAGCACGCGCUGCACGCCGGCCGCGGCGACGCCGCCGCGCUGCGCGCCGCCGUGCGCGUCGUGCGCGCCAUCAAGCGCUCGCCGCAGGCCGACGCGCUGCGGGCGCUGGCGCUGGCCGCGCAGCCGCACGCGCGCCUGCCGCGCCUGCUGGCGCACGCCGUGGACCUCAAGCUGCUGGCGCUGGCCGACGUGGGCGGCUGGUGCGAGGCGGGCGCGCCGCACCCGCUGCUGCUGGAGCUGCUGCAGGCGCUGCUGGAGCUGGUGGGCGUGGAGCGGCUCACGGCGCUGUACGAGGAGAGCAAGCUCAACGUGUGCGCCUACGUGGCGGGCGGCGGCGGCUCGGCGGCCGAGGCGCUGGAGGCGCUGGAGGCGCGCGGGCUGGCGGCGCUGGUGCCGCAGCUGCGCGUGCAGGCGCAGCUCGCGCGCCAGCUGGCCGCCGAGCCCGCGCCGCACGCGCUCUACCGCUGGAUCAAGGCGAACGUGGAGCCGUCGGUGCGGCAGAACGGCGCCUUCGUGUCGGCGCUCGUGGCGCUCGUGGCCGAGCACGUGACGGGCGCGGCGGGCGCGGGCGCGGCCGGCGCCGACAAGGCCGCGCUGGAGCGCGAGAAGGCGCUGCUGGAGGCCUACGCGCCGCUGCUCACCGCGCUGCUGGAGGGCCAGCCCGACCUGCAGCUGGCCGCCGUCUACGCCGUGCAGGUGCACGCGCACCACCACCGCUACCCCAAGGGCAUGCUGCUGCGCUGGUUCAUGUACCUGUACAACCUGGAGGUGUGCGAGGAGGACGCCUUCUUGCGCUGGCGCGAGGAUGUCACCGACGCUUACCCCGGCAAAGGAGAAGCACUGUUCCAGGUCAACACGUGGCUGACGUGGCUGCAGCAGCAGGAGUCCGAGGACGAGGAGGCGGAGGACUAGGCGGGGCUCGCCGUUCUCGCACUCUGCGCCGGUUCAGAGCCGCACCGCUUUUAUUUCGCGCUCAUCUCAUUAUAUAAAUAUAAUUAAGCCAAAUAGUUGAAAUACCUACGUUUGUUACCCUUUAACGCUAGACGCGCCGCGCCCUGCGCAUACUGCCACUGUCGUCGGCGAUUCCAGUGUUAAAUAGGACAAUUUUUAGGUUACUACGUAAACGAAUAUUAGUAUCUCGAGAUAAUUUUUUGUAGGCCUUUUACUCGAUUUUGAUACUUUUUACAAAUGUAUACAAUGUAUAGUGUUCGUUUGGACGUAUGAUUGCACCCCGAUCUGCCCCUCUCUGCAGUGAGCGUGUUUUAGUUGAAAUUGUAAAAAAAUAUAUAUAUAUGAAAAACUUAAAUCAAUUUUUAUUAUUAAUAUCAUGAUCAUUUAUUUUCAAUGCUAAAUGGACUUAGUGGUAACUGUAAGAAUGCUUAAAUUUCAUUGUAUUAUCAAAUUUUAGAAUUUUGUAACUAGAUGAAUAAAACAAAAAGCUGCCUAUGGGCAUAAGAAAUGUAUGUUGAGUGAGUUGUAAUAAAGUUGUGAACUGAUGAUGCAAGUUUAAAUAAGUAACAUUGGUCAAUAUGUAUUCAGAUGAAAAAUAAACUUCAGUGUAAUUUAUUACAAAAAGA